AUGGGUACAUCGCCUAUCCCCUUCACAACUCAAGUGCUUAAGUCACGAGAGGAUUCUAGCGCAUCGCAACAGACAUCAGACUUCAAUGCUCUCCUUCCGGCUUCGCAUCGUACAGAACGUGAUCAUAUAGCUAUCCCCGAUCUAGACUCGGGCUUCCUUAAGCGGGAACUCCUUGUCGAAAGGUUGAAUAAUGUACAAGAUUGGCUUUGGAUAUGUGGUCGCCCAAUGCCUCCUCGGCCAUUACAUCACCAAAUUCUCCUCUCAAGAGAGAUCGCCAUCAGCGAAAAUCCAGAACUUCAUCUCGUAUGGUCAAAGAACCGCAUAUUCUUAAAACCUAUUCCGCCAUAUCUCUUUGAACCUGAUUUCUGGGCCGCUCACAUUAUCCAAGACGACGAACUAACUAAAUGCGCUCGCGGCUACCUUUUCUCUUAUACCGCUCUCAUCGCGUACCAGAGUGACUUCCGCAUCGCGAAAGAGAAUGGGUUGCUGCCUUAUUAUAUCGAAUGGGAAGCAUGGAAGGAUUUCGCUAAGGAGAUCCUACAAGGCCACGACUAUGCAUCUGUCAACCCACGGUACUGGUACGGCGAGCUCCGGUUGAGCCGGCUGAACAAGGUCUACCGAAUACGGAAAGGCUUCAUCUUACGCGGCUACUCCAAGAUCGCAGCCCAUACUGUUUACGGCGAUUUAAUUCGCGAUAACUUCGCUGCCCUAGCAACUAUUCUCGGGUACGUCGUCAUUGUGUUAACGGCGAUGCAAGUCGGCCUGGGAGUAGAAAGGCUACAGGAAGACGAGACGUUCCAGAACGCCAGCUACGGAUUUACAGUAUUUUCGAUUAUCGCACCGUUAGCAGCAGGCAUGGGCAUCUUUUUAUUGGUUCUAGUUGUAUUCAUUAGCAACUGGGUCGUCACGAAGGACUACGAAGUGAAGAGGUUCCAUGAGAUGGGAGUGGAGCCAUUCUGGAGAGAAGAAUAUAAGAAAGAGAAGACAUCAUCCACGAACAGGAAUCCAACCAUUUCUAAUGAGCGGGAAGUCUAA